AUGCUUUUAUUGACCCAUCAACAUAUACAUGAUUGGUCUUAUUUGGCAGAAGGAAACGCUCACUUGAUUCUUACUUAUGUAGGACAUGAUAUCAAUCUGAAAGGUCAUGUUUUAAGAUUGGUCAAAAACCAUGGCAAAGACUCUUAUUCUAGCCACUUUACAAUCGAUUUUAGUCAACACGUUAUAGGCGCUUUAUUAGGAUCUAGUUACAUUGAUGCUAUGGUGACAGUGGAAGUGACAGUCGAGUUUAUGGAAGCUUUGUAUGAAAAGGUGCUUCCAGAUCGUUUAUCAAACAAUCGUCUAGAUCCUAUUUGUACUUCUCCCUCCUCUGGUUUUUUGUUGAAAAAUUGGACUCGUUCCUUUGGACCUCAUGAUACUUGGACUUUUGAAAUAAAGCCUAAAUGGGGAUUUCUUCCGGAUUCGCACUUGAUUGAUCAAAAACAUCGAUAUUUGAAGAAACGACGUUGUCGAUUUUGUAUGCAUCAACGUUUACGGAAUUAUCAACAUAGAACAUCAACCACUAUGGAAAAACGAUAUUGUCCUUUGGAUUUAUAUUCUGGAGAUCCUCAACGUAUGCGACAAGCAUUGAUGAUUUCCUUAACACAACCACAUGGAUAUCUGAAGUUAUUUCAUAAUGGUCACCUGAUGCCACAUGAACAAUGGUCUGCCUUACUUUCUGCAUUAUUUGACGGUAUGGAUGGUGAUGAUCGUAGUACAUCUACUUCAAGCAAGCGUGAUGAUUGGAUAGGCAAGGUAGCGGAUUUACUCGUUAAUAUUCUCAUGGAGGAUCCUAUUUUGGCAAUCUUGAAGGAACGACAACAAACGUUGGAUACAUUUGAUAUUGAAGGCAUUUAUCCCUUGUAUGAAAAAUAUGGACAACAACCCACACACGAUAUUGAUCAUUGGAAGACUAUUGUACAACAAUACCUCAAACGACAACAAUCAAACUCUUAUACUGAAAAUUUGGAUAUACAAGACUUUGAUGACGAUCAAGAAGAAAUUCGAAGGAUAUACGAAUAUGUGCUAUCUAUGAUUCUCAAAGACUGUUCCGUUAUGAUUUGUUUGACGAAAGAUUACGAAAGCAAGAAAGGCGAUGGUGUUACGACAAACUCGGCGACAGCAGCACCAAUGACGAUGAAGACAAAAUCGGAUCCGCUUCUCACGACAUCAACAAGCAGGCUGAUUACAUCCUCGACUCAUUCAUUUCGAUAUCACAUCAAGGUGGUGGAUUUGGAUUUGAAAAAAUGGGAUAAGAUACCAUAUUGGUUCGAAUUGGAUAAACAGAUUAUACAACACAAUCUAUGGCGCGAAUAUCAAGAUCAAGAACAUGACUGGACAUGUUUGGAGUAG